AUGGAUGACCCUUCGCGUAUUCCACCCAUUGCCUCAGAGAGACGACGUCGUGCAUUAACUAAUACUAGUCGUGGCCGAGGUCGAGGUUGUGGUCGGGGUGAUGAUAUUGUGUUGGAGGAAGCACAUCAAAUCUUGGAGGAGGAUGUGAUCGAUAAUGGUUCAGGGGAUGAUGAUGAUACUGCUGAUAUAGAUCAGGCUGAGGAGCUGUCAGGCCUAUCUUCUUUGGUCCAUUGCACAUAUCGGUUCGUGAAUAGGAUUGUCAUAGCUGCAUUUGUUGAGCAAUGGCAAUCAGAGACAAAUACUUUCCAUUUGACAGUUAGUGAGAUGACGAUGACAUUGGAUGAUGUGGGUACCAUCUUGGGGAUCCCUAUCACAGGUAGAUCAAUUAGUGCUGCAACUUUAACAGAUCAACAGGCACAUGCACUUGUGGUAGAUGCCUUGGGAGUUGAUGAUGCUAAAGCAACUGAGGAGCUAUCAUCUGCUAGGGGACAAUCAGUGAAGCUGGAGUGGUUACGAACCAAAUUCAGUGGUUGCAAAGAUUCAGACACCGACAGUGAAGCUGGAGUGGUUACGAACCAAAUUCAGUGCGAUAAGAGUGGGACGAGAGUUCCUGUUGUCUACUUGAAGUUGUUGAUGGAUUUGUCUGAUAUUCAUACAUAUGCUUGGGGUGCAGCUGCAUUGGCAUAUUUAUACCGAUAG